AUGACCGAAGAGCCACGUUCUAAUUACCCAGUUCCUGGUUGGGAGAGGGAGUUUGAGGAGGAACGCGUCGCGUACACACGACUCGAAUCGCUGCAGGGCGUCUACGUGCCAAGAUAUAUUGGCAUCGUCAGGAAUGGAGACCGCCCUGCUCAUAUUCUCUCCGACAUAGGCGGUAAUAGUCUAGCGACGCCAGCAGGGGCCGUGUUGGAGCCGGAGGAUUUCGACCGACUGAUAUCCGAAACCUUGAACGCGCUGGGAUCCUGUCUGGUAUUGCACGGCGACUUGAAGAUGGAUAACUACCAUCUGGUUGGGAAUAAGAUAAUGGCAGUAGAUCUUGAGAGCUCGGGGAUGAAUUUCAAGGAGGUCCCCGUCUCGAAGGUCAAGAUCGUAGUCGACUACCUAGGCGGUCGAUAUCGGGAUCAUGUCGCUGGACUAGAAUGGGAGGGUCUCCGACUGCCGACCAUACAUUUAUAA